UCCUCGCGCAUCUCUCCAAAGCUGCUGGGAGAGAGGCUGCCCGUCUCCUCUCUAGGAAGGGCAGCCCGGGGUUUGGGAAGAGAGGGCGUCCAAGCCGUGCGCAGAGGCGCCAGUGUCUCCGCUCAGGCGCAGGGCCCCUCCUGCGGCGGCGGAGGGCGGCACGCCCGAGGCGGGCCGGGCCGGGCCGGGCCAGGCCCCCCGGUGCCGGUGCUCCCCCCGCGGCUGCCGCUGCGGGCGGGCAGGAAGUGAGAUCACGGCUCCCGCGGUUUAAGGGAAGAUGGGAGCCCGCGGGCACCCAGCCCGGCCGGGGCGGAGGGGCAGCGCGCAGCCCCGCCGCGGGUCCCCCGCCGGCAGCCAUGGGCCGGAGCGCGCUCCCGCGCUGCCUGGGGCUGGCUUGCUGGCUGCUGCUGCUGCUGCUGCUGGGGGGGGGCUCUGACGGGCUGGGCAGCAGAGGGAAAAGCCGGGAAGAGGACCAGGGCGCAGUGGCGGAGGGGGGGCCGUGGGGCAGAGUGAAGUACGAAGCCCUGAAGAAGCGCUUUGGAGCUGUGGGUGCUCUCUCCAAGCAGUACUGGCAGUCGCUGGCUUGCAGGGUCUGGCAGGGGGGCUGCGAAGAAGAGCAGGAGGAAGAUGAGACCGGUCCCCGUCCGGGCUGGAGCUUGCCCCUGGUGGGCCAGGAUUACCUGGAGAUCCUCUCUGCCUGGUACUGCAGCUUCGGCAAGUGCUGUGAGACAGGAGACUGCAGGGUAGUCAACAACAUCACAGGGCUAGAAUUGGACCUCAGUAGUCAGCUCCAUGGGCAGCACUUGGCCAAAGAAGUCGUUAUCCGGGCGGUGCGAGGGUUUCUACAGAGCCCGCGGCCAGAGAAGGCUCUGGUCCUGUCCUUCCACGGCUGGUCCGGCACAGGCAAGAACUUUGUGGCCCGGAUGGUGGCCAGUCACCUGUAUCGGGAUGGGCUGAAGAGUGAGUGUGUCAGGAUGUUCAUCUCGCUCUUCCAUUUCCCCCAUCACAAGUACGUGGAGUUGUACAAGGUUCAGCUGAAGAAGCAAAUAAGCGAGACCAUACAGCUCUGCACACAGUCCCUGUUCAUCUUUGAUGAAGCAGAGAAACUUCAUUUUGGCCUUCUGGAUGCCAUCAAGCCCUUCAUGGCUCGCUAUGAAAACAAGGGCCAGGUGGAUUACCGGAGAUCCAUCUUCCUCUUCCUCAGCAAUAUUGGCGGCAACACCAUCAAUGAGGUAGCCCUGGACUUCUGGCGAGCUGGGCGGGCACGGGAAGAGAUCUCCAUGGAGCUCCUGGAGCAGCGGCUGCGGCUGGAGUUGCUGGAACCCACAGACAACGGUUACGCCCGCAGCCACUUCCUUGAAGAGAACGUCAUUGACUUCUUUGUGCCAUUCCUGCCCUUGGAGUAUCGCCAUGUGAAGCUGUGCGCAAGGGAUGCUUUCCUGGCCCGUGGACUUCCGUACACAGAGGCAGCCCUUGACGAGGUGGCCCAGAUGAUGGUGUUCGUCCCCAAAGAGGAGAAACUUUUCUCAGCACAGGGCUGUAAAUCUGUAUCUCAGCGCAUCAAUUACUUCCUUCCCUGAACACCAGGUGGGACUAUGCCAGUGACGAAGGUGGUUCUGCAUACUUGGAGCUGCGCUCUGUUCACAAGAUCAGGCAAGCAGAUUACCCAGCUGCACACUCGCACGGGGACAGAAACUUCACUCCUUGUCACUGUGAGGGCUGUUUGCAGGGAAGGAGUUGCACCCUGCUGAAUCUUACUGAUGGGACACUGGGACAGCCUGCACUGUGUUUUAAGCCAUCUGGUGUUUUAAAGUCCCAUCUUUUAGCAGGUAUUAGUCUGAAGUAGUGAUUUGGUUAUGCUGACAGAUUCUGUGCUUCAGGUGAGCAGGGAUGUCCAAAUCCUUGCUUUUUGUUACAGUGUAAUGAAGGCCUUGGACAGACUGGUGUUACUGAGACAGUCCAGCAGAAACUGCUCCCUCUUCCCUGUCCCCAGCUUUCUCGGUUGCUUUACAGGCUCUCACACUGCACCCAGCUGUUUUGCUGGGUUUUCUCUGUUGCUCUCCUGCAUUCACAAGGUUGUCUGCCAUUCAGGGACACGCAUGGCAGGUUCAUGCUUUUGAGUAAGGAGGCCCUUGCACGAAGAAGACAGCUGAAUCAUCUCCUCUGGAGAUGUGAGGUCCUUAGCCUCUCGCUUUGGAGUGUCCCUGCUCUCCCCUUUCUCGUUGGAGUCUUCCGUUGUAUGGAAGCAGCUACGGGGAUGAGGUGAACAUACGGUGUGUGCCGAGAUUAAAGUUAUUUUUCUAAGCAGUUUGAAGGGCUGUUUGCUUCGCUGCAGGAACUGGUUUAGGGAGAGACGAACUCCCUUCUCAAGGACAAAGGGCUGUUGAAGAGGAUAGUGGUCGAAAGAACAGGUUGCAGUUGAGUUCUGGUUUUCAGAGAUGGAGUAAGGUUUUUAUUUUUUUUUAUUUUGUAAGUACGUUGCAUGCUGUGGCUUUUGGCUGGUAUCAGCAUUACCACACAAAGGGGCUGUUUGCUGUCUGGGUACCUGCCAAAUGAUAAGUAUGUUACAGCGGGACCAAAAAAUUUCAACAGCAUUACAGGAAUUGCUUUGUGACCUCUGGGUCAAAACUCCCUUCCAACACAGCCAUGUUAAGGAAGAUCAGGUGAAACAGCACAUGCCAAGGACAGCGUUUAGUUACCUGGACGCUGGAUGUGUGGACCUUUGAUCUAUUUUAAGCUUUGAACUGCUCUGCGAUGCCAGUGGUGAGCAGCACGACCUCUGGGAAAAGAUUGACCAGACAUACUUAAUACUACUGCAGACUGCGUUAGUGUUUCCCUCCUGGCCUGCUGGCUCCGUUAUCUAAUGAGGCUUCAUAGUCCAAGGCAGGCAGAUGGGCCAGUAGCUUUCUUCUCUUGAUGCAAAGCUACUUUAAACCUAUCUGGUGUUUGACUCUAGACUGGACCUUAAGGUUUGUGCCAGUCUGCACUUUAUGAGACAUUUCUGAGCUUUGGUUUAUAGAUGAUCAUCUAAUCAAAAGUCUCAAUCGUAAUGCUACAGCCUGAGAAAGAGAAGAGGGAGACGUGCACCGAGAAGUCAGCUGAUGAAGUGGGAAUGCAGUGUGACAGGAGCAUGCACCUCAGGGUCUGUCUUAUAAAUAACUUGCCUAGAAAAUUAACUAAGACAGGAUGACUUGAGAUUUUUUUUUUAAUAGAAAAGAAUCCUCAGCUGUCCAGGUGAAUCCUCUGCUGCUUAGAGUAGAGGAAAGUCACUUUAAUGGGCAUUUCAACAGUGGUGGGCUGGUAUGAAGUUGGCAUGUUAAACAGUUCUUCUUACCAUUAUUGAUUAAAAUGAAGAUGGUGUUAAUAAUGAGGGCAGCUGUCAAACUGAGGAUGCAAGACCCUGCACUCUGAUGGGUCGCACUAGGGUGUAUGUUUGAGAAUUAAGUGAGCAUUUGAUUAUGCAACUGCAGCACCAGGAACCACUUUCCCAUGACCACUUUGUGGCACCAUUAAGUUCAAUUUUAAAGGCAUAAAUAAAGAUAAUUGCUUUUCUCUGCAAACUGGCAGGAUUAAAUUAUCUCCCAUAUUAACAGGUUUAUAAAUCAUCUCAUCUUUUCAAGCCCAAAUAACAAACUUCAGCUUAGUAAUGAGCAAGCUCAAAUGUACUUUAAAAAAAAAAAAAAGAGCAUAUAUUCAAGUUUAUUUGCCAAUAAAAUAUUGCAACCUUUAUUUAAAACAAAAUGCAAAUUGGCAAAACUUUGUGGAACGACAGGCAAAGAGGCCCUUCGAAGGGCGUUAUUUACAUCAAGUUUAACACUGUUCGCAGUUCACAGUCAGACGAUAGUGAGAGAAUUAAAUUAGAAAAACAACCAAAAUAUAUUACAAUAACAAUUAAAAACAAAAACAGUUGACAACA